AGCACUGUGCGCUACUUUGUAUCCUAUCGUAGGAAGCGAGAGUGAUGUCACCUGCGGGUCGGUAACCUAGGGCGGCUGUGAAGGAAACUGUUUAACCCGAUCCUAUUGUACCCGGAGCGGAGAGCUGCCGUUCCAGCAUGCAGGGGCUGCUCAGAGUUUAGUUACUUCAAGCAGCAGGACAGAGUUCGGCCAUGGCCCCAAGGAAGAGAGGUGGACGGGGGAUUUCGUUCAUCUUUUGCUGUUUCCGGAAUAAUGACCACCCCGAAAUCACUUACCGGCUGCGCAACGACAGCAACUUUGCGCUCCAGCCCAUGGAGCCAGCGUUACCCAUGCCCCCCGGGGAGGAGCUGGAUGGCAUGUUCAGUGAACUUGUGGAUGAACUUGACCUCACAGACAAACACAGGGAGGCCAUGUUUGCACUUCCAGCUGAGAAAAAAUGGCAGAUCUACUGUAGCAAAAAAAAGGACCAGGAGGAAAACAAGGGAGCCACAAGUUGGCCUGAAUUCUACAUCGACCAGCUCAAUUCCAUGGCUGCUAGAAAGUCUUUGCUGGCUCUAGAAAAGGAAGAAGAAGAAGAGAGGAGCAAAACCAUCGAGAGUUUGAAGACAGCACUGAGGACAAAGCCCAUGAGGUUUGUCACCAGGUUCAUUGACUUGGAUGGUCUGUCAUGCAUUCUCAACUUCCUGAAGACUAUGGACUACGAGACCUCGGAGUCUCGAAUACAUACCUCUCUCAUCGGGUGUAUCAAGGCUCUAAUGAAUAACUCUCAAGGCCGGGCUCAUGUCCUAGCACAUUCUGAGAGUAUUAAUGUGAUUGCUCAGAGUCUGAGCACGGAAAACAUUAAAACAAAGGUGGCUGUCCUGGAAAUCUUGGGCGCCGUGUGCUUGGUUCCUGGCGGCCACAAGAAGGUUCUGCAGGCCAUGCUGCACUACCAGAAGUAUGCCAGCGAAAGGACCCGCUUUCAGACGUUAAUCAAUGACCUAGAUAAAAGCACGGGACGGUAUCGAGAUGAAGUGAACCUCAAGACAGCCAUCAUGUCCUUCAUUAAUGCAGUGCUCAGCCAAGGCGCAGGAGUGGACAGUUUGGACUUUAGACUUCAUCUUCGAUAUGAAUUUCUCAUGUUAGGAAUUCAACCUGUAAUUGACAAAUUAAGAGAACAUGAAAAUUCAACGUUAGAUAGGCAUUUAGACUUUUUUGAAAUGCUUCGAAAUGAAGAUGAACUAGAAUUUGCCAAAAGAUUUGAGCUGGUUCAUAUAGAUACAAAAAGUGCGACACAGAUGUUUGAGCUGACCAGGAAGAGGCUGACCCAUAGCGAAGCUUACCCUCACUUCAUGUCCAUCCUGCACCACUGCCUCCAAAUGCCGUAUAAGAGGAGUGGCAACACUGUGCAGUACUGGCUGUUACUUGACAGAAUUAUCCAGCAAAUAGUCAUCCAGAAUGACAAAGGACAGGACCCUGACUCCACGCCAUUAGAAAACUUCAAUAUUAAGAAUGUCGUCCGGAUGUUGGUUAAUGAAAAUGAAGUUAAGCAGUGGAAGGAACAAGCAGAAAAAAUGAGAAAAGAGCACAAUGAGCUGCAACAGAAAUUGGAGAAGAAAGAGAGAGAGUGCGACGCCAAGACCCAGGAGAAGGAAGAGAUGAUGCAGACCCUGAAUAAAAUGAAAGAGAAACUUGAAAAGGAGACUACUGAGCAUAAGCAAGUGAAGCAGCAGGUGGCAGAUCUCACAGCCCAGCUCCACGAGCUCAGCAGGAGGGCGGCCUGUGCCUCCAUCCCCGGCGGACCCUCCCCUGGAGCUCCUGGGGGACCCUUCCCCUCCUCCUCACCUGGGGCUUUCCUUCCUCCCCCACCGCCUCCACCUCUGCCUGGUGGACUGCUUCCUCCUCCUCCGCCUCCGCCUCCCCCAGGAGGCCCUCCUCCUCCUCCAGGGCCACCUCCCCUGGGGGGAAUCAUGCCACCCCCUGGUGCACCAGUGGGCCUGGCACUCAAGAAGAAAAACAUUCCUCAGCCCACGAAUGCCCUGAAGUCCUUCAACUGGUCCAAGCUGCCUGAGAACAAACUGGAAGGAACCGUGUGGACUGACAUUGAUGAUACGAAAGUCUUCAAAAUUCUAGACCUUGAAGACCUGGAAAGAACUUUCUCUGCCUACCAGAGACAGCAGAAAGAAGCAGAUGCCACGGAUGACUCGCUGAGUUCCAAACUGAAAGUCAAAGAACUGUCAGUGAUUGAUGGUCGGAGGGCUCAGAACUGCAACAUCCUCCUCUCAAGGUUGAAAUUAUCCAACGAUGAAAUCAAGCGGGCAAUCCUGACAAUGGACGAACAGGAAGAUCUGCCCAAGGACAUGUUGGAGCAGCUUUUGAAGUUCGUUCCUGAGAAAAGUGAUAUUGACCUGUUGGAGGAACAUAAGCAUGAGUUGGAUCGGAUGGCCAAAGCUGACAGGUUCCUUUUUGAGAUGAGCAGGAUUAAUCAUUAUCAGCAAAGGUUGCAGUCACUGUACUUCAAAAAGAAGUUUGCAGAGCGUGUGGCAGAAGUGAAACCUAAAGUGGAAGCUAUCCGUUCUGGCUCCGAGGAGGUGUUUAGGAGUGGUGCCCUCAAGCAAUUGUUAGAAGUGGUUUUGGCAUUUGGAAAUUAUAUGAAUAAGGGGCAAAGAGGCAAUGCCUAUGGCUUCAAAAUAUCCAGCCUGAACAAGAUUGCUGACACCAAGUCCAGUAUUGACAAGAACAUUACCCUUCUGCACUAUCUCAUAACUAUUGUGGAAAGCAAAUAUCCCAAGGUGCUCAGUCUAAAUGAAGAAUUGCGGGACAUCCCUCAAGCAGCCAAAGUAAACAUGACUGAGCUGGACAAGGAAAUAAGUACUCUGAGAAGUGGCCUGAAGGCAGUGGAGACAGAGCUGGAGUACCAGAAGUCUCAGCCCCCGCAGCCUGGAGAUAAGUUUGUCUCUGUGGUCAGCCAGUUCAUCACAGUCGCCAGCUUCAGCUUCUCGGAUGUUGAAGACCUUCUGGCAGAAGCUAAAGACCUGUUCACCAAAGCGGUGAAGCACUUUGGGGAAGAGGCUGGCAAAAUACAGCCAGAUGAGUUCUUUGGCAUUUUCGAUCAGUUUCUUCAAGCUGUGUCAGAAGCCAAACAAGAAAAUGAAAACAUGAGAAGGAAGAAAGAGGAGGAAGAACGCCGGGCUCGCUUAGAAGCUCAGCUCAAAGAACAACGUGAACGAGAACGGAAAAUGAGGAAAGCAAAAGAAAACAGCGAAGAGGGCGGGGAGUUUGAUGACCUGGUCUCGGCCCUGCGCUCGGGAGAAGUGUUCGACAAAGACCUCUCCAAACUGAAACGGAAUCGCAAGCGCUUCACCAGCCAGAUGACUGACGGCAGCCGAGAAAGACCGGUCACGAAACUGAACUUCUGAGUUUCCUUUGAACACUUUUUUUUUUGUUUUAGAAUGCUCGUUGGCGGCCCUUGGAAAUGGCGAGGACGUUUCAUCACACGGCCUUGCUGUCCGAACAAUGGCAAUUUCUUCAUCUGUGAGUGGAUGUGUAUGUAUGUAAACCUGUGUACAUAUGUGUAUUUAAAAUGUACAUAGAAGCCAGAGUGCCGUCUGGGGACCUGUCCUUGUUCGUGUAUGUGUUCGGAGCCCUUUGUGAUGAUGCCUUUGUGUCGAGUGGCUGACCUCCUUGCCUUGACCACCAUAACUUUUCAGAAGCACAAUACUGUCUCCUAAAUGAGAUGACAGACAUUCCCUGGUAUUUCACAAAAACAAGGAAGAAGAAAAGAAAAGAAAAGAAA